AUGUCUUCCUCUGACAGUGAUGGGCCAUCGCUAGGGCUAGACGGCCUGUACGACUUUGGCUAUUGUGAUGCAUUUGUGGCUGCUACUUCGGUCGUGUGCCAGACCGGAACCCGAGAAAAAUGGACUCCUGGCGAAACACCACAAAGAGCUGUUAUAUACAUGUGCAAUAGGCUUCAAUAUGCGACACUUGAAAGAUUGGAAACAGGCAUGCGAGCAGUACUCAUCUUCACAGGCUUAGUAUCGAUCGUUACACUUGGGUUGGAAGUGUCUAUUGUAAUAGAUAUCUACAAGAAACGCAAGUUCUUGGAACAAAGGAUUGGGCAUUGGUAUACUUCCUUGUUGCGGGUGAUCCUGUUUAGCAUGUACCGCAUUGUGUCACUUAGCUUAAACUUACAAAUGAUCAACCAUACGGACGAAAAAUUACUUAUUGGCAUUUCGCGUAACAACGUGUUCGAUGGUGUCAUUGACUUCGUGCAGGCUGCAAUUUUCUUGACUCAAGUCUUGUUAUAG